AUGCCUUCUUUGGAAACACUCCAUCAUCCCUGCAAGCGGCAGCAUCUCGAACAUCCUUCCGAAACAUUGGACCAUCAGCCGAAGAGACGGAAAUCCUGCCACCCCCAAGCUUAUUGGGAUAAUUUGUCAAAUGUUCAUUUAACCAGGAGUGCGAUAAAAGAAUUCGACCGACAAAACAGCUCUUCAGAUCUGCAGCGACCGCUUCAUAGGCCCAUCACUCGGCAGUUUCACAUUGGUCAAAAACUUUACCGUUGUUGUCCCGAAGAGCCUGUCCUACUUCCUGGCUUUCUCUGUGAUUGUUCAUCUAGUCACCCAAAGGAGAUAAAGAGAUUCUCGAGAUUGGGAGGGCCUGAUCUGUCUGAUUUGAGAAAUUACCCUAUCCCGAUGAGCUCAAGGACACCCAGUUCCCACCGUAGGAAACGUCGAGCAGAAUCUCCUCUGUCAUCAACCUCGAGAGGCACAAAGGCAACCACAAGAACUUCGAGCACCUCAGCUUUUAGUAGGAAUUUUCAACAGCAUUUAAUUGACCACGGAGUUUACCCGCACGGUUAUGAGUAUCCAGAUGGCCAAAGACCAGAAAAACCGAGAAACCUGCAAGAAAUCAAUGAAAGAUUGGCUCAACCCCGAGCUUCUCUUUCACCAUCAAGAUUCUCUGAGGAGGCAUUUGAAAACUUUGCCCGUGCAGAUGCACAUGCAUCUAAGGAGAAGCCGGUUAUAAGUUCAGUGAUUCCGAUUAUUGAUGGCGAUAUCGGCGAUCAUAAAUGUGUUGGAGGGGAUUACCCAUUUGGAAACCUUUCGCCCUUAACUAAUGGUACACUAGCUUCAGGCAAACCUGACCACUUCUAUGGCGCGCGACCUGAACAGCUCAAUCAUCAAAUCCGCGAAGAUCUUAGUCGCCAUAUUGUCCCAUCAACACAGGAUGAUCUCCCAAUGGUGCCGAACUUCUUUUUGGAGGCAAAGGGCCCCGAUGGAUCUCUCUCUGUAGCUACACGGCAGGCAUGCUAUGAUGGUGCAUUGGGAGCUCGGGGUAUGCAUUCUCUACAAUUCUACCAGCAAGAUGGACCGACCUACGAUCGCAAUGCUUACACUCUUACCUCGAUUUACCAUGGCGGUACACUAAAGCUAUACACCACCCACAUUGGAAAGCCUAAAAUUCCAGAUAGUCAUCCCGAAUAUUUUAUGACCCAGCUUCGAUCAUAUUCCCUGACUGAUACCUCUGAGACGUUUCGGCAAGGAGCUUGUGCAUAUCGAAACGCCCGAGAUUGGGCAAAGGAAAAGAGGGAUGAAUUUAUUGGGAUGGCAAACAAAAGACUCUCUGAGGCUUGCUCUCAACAUUCUUCUACCUCCCAGAACCAGGCGGCUUCUGAUUUGACACCCAUUUUGGAUGAUUCCGAUGGCUCAACGGAGCCUGAUGAGCAUCAAGAUGUCCAAUGGAGCUUCGCGGCUCCAAUUGAAUAUGGAGAAGAAGGGCCUCGCGGAAAGAAGCCGAGGAUCCGUGCCACUGAGUCCCUUGGCACUGCUGGCGAUGCGGCCAGCCACACAACUAGCGACAAGUCUCCCAAGCUUCCAAACUGA